GCUCAGUAUCAGAAAACAAUCAUGGAGUGGAAAAUACUUCCCAUUUACUUGUUCCUGCCGCUUUCUGUUAUUUUGAUUCAACAAGUUUCUUCUCAAGAUUUAUCAAGCUGUGCAGGGAGAUGUGGGGAAGGGUAUUCUAGAGAUGCCACCUGCAACUGUGAUUAUAACUGUCAACACUACAUGGAGUGCUGCCCUGACUUCAAGAAAGUCUGCACUAUGGAGCUUUCCUGUAGAGGCCGCUGCUUCGAGUCCUUUGCAAGAGGAAGGGAGUGUGACUGUGACUCUGAUUGUAAGAAGUAUGGCAAGUGCUGCUCCGAUUAUGACAAUUUUUGUGAAGAAGUGCAUAAUCCCACAUCACCACCAUCUUCAAAGACUGCACCUCCGCCUCCAGGAGCAUCUCAAACCAUCAAAUCAACAAUCAAACGUUCACCCAAAUCACCAAACAAGAAGAAGACUAAGAAAGUUAUAGAAUCAGAGGAGAUAACAGAAGAACAUUCUGUUUCUGAAAAUCAAGAGUCUUCCUCCUCCUCUUCCUCUUCCUCUUCAACUAUUCGGAAAAUCAAGUCUUCUAAAAAUUCAGCUGCUAAUAGAGAAUUAAAGAAGAAACCCAAAGUAAAAGACAACAAGAAGAAGAAGAGAACUCCUAAAAAGAAACCUACCCCAGAACCACCAGUUAUAGAUGACGCUGGAAGUGGGCUGAACAAUGGUGAUAUCAAGCUCAUCCCAACUCCUGACAUUCCCACCACUCAACGCAGUAACAAAGUUACCACAACUCCCAAGAUUACAACAGUAAAACCAAUUAUUCCUAAACCCAGUCUUCCACCUAAUUCUGAGACAACAAAAGUGACACCUUCCACAGCCAAUAAGGAGACAACAGUUGAAACGAAAGAGACUUCUACAACAAAUAAACAGACUGCUUCAGCUAAAGAGACAACUACUAAAGAUUUUGCACCCACAUCUGAAGUUCCUGCUACAUCUACACCCAAAGCUGAAACCACAACCAAAUCCCCUGCUCCCACUACCAAGAAGCCUGUACCCACCACUCCCAAGGAGCCUUCUCCCACUACCAAGGGGCCUAUACCUACCACCACCAGGGAGCCUGCACCCACCACCACGAAGAAGCAAAGUCCCACCAGUCCCAAGGAGCCUGCUCCCACCACCAUCAAGGAGCCAGCUUCCACCACCCCCAAGGAGCCUGAACCCACCACCCCCAAGGAGCCAGCUCCCACCACCCCCAAGGAUCCAGCUUCCAACACCCCUAAGGAGCCUGCACCCACUACCAGCCCCAAGGAACCAGCUCCAACCACCCCCAAGGAAUCAGCUCCCACCACCACCACCAAGGAGCCAGCUUCCACCACUCCCAAGGAACAAGCUCCCACCAUGCCUAAGGAAAUUGCACCCACCUUUCCCAAGGAGCCAGCUCCCACCACCCCCAAGGAACCGGCUGCCACCACCCCCAAGGAGCCUGUAUCUACCACCACCAAGGAGCCUGUACCCACCACCACCCCCAAGGAACCAGCUACCACCACCCGCAAAGAAUUGGCUCCCACCACCUCCAGGGAGUCUGCACCCAGCACUCCCAAGGAACCAGCUCCCACCACCCCCAAGGAACCGGCUCCCACCACCCCCAAGGAGCCUUCACCCACCACCACCUCCAAGGAACCAGCUCCCACCACCCCCAAGGAGCCUGCAUCCACCACCACCCCCAAGGAAUCAGCUCCCACCACCCCCAAGGAGCCUGCACCCACCACCACCCCCAAGGAGCCUGCACCCACCACCACCCCCCCCAAGGAGUCUGCACCCACCACCCCCUCCAAGGAGUCUGCACCCACCACUUCCAAGGAGCCAGCUCCUACAACCCCCAAGGAACUGGCUUCCAUGACCCCCAAGGAACCGGCUCCCACAACCCCCAAGGAGCCUGCACCCACCACCACCCCCAAGGAGCCUGCACCCACCACCCCCCCCAAGGAGCCUGCACCCACCACCCCCUCCAAGGAGUCUGCACCCACUACUCCCAAGGAACCAGCUCCCACCACCCCCAAGGAACCGGCUCCCACAACCCCCAAGGAGCCUGUACCCACCACCACCCCCAAGGAGCCUGCACCCACCACCACCCCCAAGGAGCCUGCACCCACCACCACCCCCAAGGAGCCUGCAACCACCACCACCCCCAAGGAGUCUGCACCCACCACCCCCUCCAAGGAGUCUGCACCCACCACUUCCAAGGAGCCAGCUCCUACAACCCCCAAGGAACUGGCUUCCACGACCAAGGAACCGGCUCCCACAACCCCCAAGGAGCCUGUACCCACCACCACCCCCAAGGAGCCUGCACCCACCACCACCCCCAAGGAGCCUGCAACCACCACCACCCCCAAGGAGUCUGCACCCACCACCCCCUCCAAGGAGUCAGCUCCUACAACCCCCAAGGAACCGGCUUCCACGACCCCCAAGGAACCGGCUCCCACAACCCCCAAGGAGCCUGCACCCACCACCCCCUCCAAGGAGUCUGCACCCACUACUCCCAAGGAGCCAGCUCCUACAACCCCCAAGGAACCGGCUUCCACGACCCCCAAGGAACCGGCUCCCACAACCCCCAAGGAGCCAGCUCCUACAACCCCCAAGGAACUGGCUUCCACGACCCCCAAGGAACCGGCUCCCACAACCCCCAAGGAGCCUGCACCCACCACCCCCUCCAAGGAGUCUGCACCCACUACUCCCAAGGAGCCAGCUCCUACAACCCCCAAGGAACCGGCUCCCACAACCCCCAAGGAGCCUGCACCCACCACCACCCCCAAGGAGCCUGCACCCACCACCACCAAGGAGCUGGCACCCACCACCCCCAAGGAGCCAGCUCCUACCACCCCCAAGGAGCCUGCACCCACUACCACCACCAAGGAGCCUACACCCACCACCACCCCCAAGGAAUCAGCUCCCACCACCCCCAAGGAACCAGCUUCCACCAUCCCCAAGGAAACUGCACCCACCACUCCCAAGGAGCCAGCUCCCACCACCCCCAAGGAACCAGCUCCCACCACUCCCAAGGAACCAGCUCCCACCACCCCCAAGGAACCAGCUUCCACCACCCCCAAGGAACCACCUCCCACCACCCCCAAGGAACCAGCUUCCACCAUCCCCAAGGAAACUGCACCCACCACUCCCAAGGAGCCAGCUCCCACCACCCCCAAGGAACCAGCUCCCACCACUCCCAAGGAACCAGCUUCCACCACCCCCAAGGAACCAGCUCCCACCACUCCCAAGGAGCCAGCUCCCACCACCCCCAAGGAGCCAGCUCCCACCACCUCAGAGGCCUCUACUUCAACUACCACCAUGGGACCUCCCACUACUCCCAAGAACUCUGCUAAAUCAACUCCUGAGUCUGCUGUAGAACCCACACCAAAGGCUCUUGAAAACAGUCCCAAGGAGCCUACUGUACCUACAACCAAGGCUCCUACAGUGACCAAACCUGAAAUGACUACAAGAGCUAAAGACAAGGACACAGAAAAGGACAUGUAUACUACACCUGAAAUGACAACUGCUGCACCUAAGACUGUAACAGAAACAGCAAUUAAAACAGAAGAAAAGGCCAGUGAAUCCAAAAUCACAACCACACAAGUAACAUCUACCCCAACUGAAGAUACCACGACAUCAUCCAAAACUACUCUUAAAGCAACAACUCUUGUACCCAAAGUAAUGACAACAACAAAAAAGACAACCGAAAAGGCUAUGAGCAAACCUGAACAAACAACAUCAAUACCAAAAGAUAGAGCCACUAAUUCUCAAGUGACAACUCCUAAACCCCCAAGGCCAACCAAAGCACCCAAAAAGCCCACUUCCACCAAAAAGCCAAAGGCACCUAAAGGGAGAAAACCAAAGACCACGCCAACUCCCCCAAAGUCGACGACAUCAGCACUGCCUAAAACGAGCCCUACUGCUUUAGCAGAAGCCACGCUCCAAACCACCACCAUUCCUCAACAAACUCCCAACCCAGAAAUAAUUGACAUAAACCCAAAGAAUGAAGACGCAGAUACUGCUGAAGGAGAAAAACCUCAGCUGAUUCCCAGGCCCCCUGUGUUAACUCCUAUCGUUAUUCCAGGCACUGAUUUCACAGUCAGAGGAUACAAUCAAGGCAUUGGCAUCAACCCCAUGUUUCCAGAUGAGACUAAUUUAUGCAACGGUAGGCCAGUAGAUGGACUGACUACUUUGCACAAUGGGACAUUAGUGGCAUUUCGAGGUCAUUAUUUCUGGAUGCUAAAUCCAUUCACUCCACCAUCUCCACCUCGUAGAAUUACUGAAGUUUGGGGCAUUCCCUCCCCCAUUGAUACUGUUUUUACUAGAUGCAACUGUGAAAGAAAAACUUUUUUCUUUAAGGAUUCUCAGUACUGGCGUUUCACCAACGAUAUAAAAGAUGCAGGGUAUCCCAAACUGAUUUCCAAAGGCUUUGGAGGACUAAAUGGAAAAAUAGUGGCAGCUCUCUCAAUAGCUAAAUACAAGAACAGACCUGAAUCUGUGUAUUUUUUCAAGCGAGGUGGCAGCAUUCAGCAGUAUACUUAUAAACAGGAACCCAUCACAAAGUGCACUGGAAGAAGGCCUGCAGUACAUUACUCUGUGUAUGGAGAAACAACACAGGUUAGGAGGCGUCGAUUUGAACGUGCUAUAGGACCUUCUAAAACACACACCAUCAGAAUUCAGUAUUCGCCCAUCAGACUCACUUACCAAGACAAAGGUUUCCUUCAUAAUGAAGUUAAAGUGAGUACACUGUGGAGAGGACUUCCGAAUGUGGUUACUUCAGCUAUAUCACUGCCCAACAUCAGAAGACCUGAUGGCUACGAUUACUAUGCUUUCUCUAGAGAUCAAUAUUAUAACAUCGAUGUGCCUCAAAGGACAGCAAGAGCCGUUACUACUCGUUCUGGGCAGACCUUAUCCAAUGUCUGGUACAACUGUCCUUAGACUGAUGGGCAAUGGAAGAAUCAACUAAUUAAAAUGAAGACAAGAAUGAUAAAUUUUGACACUGAA